AAUCGGGUUCCAGAUCUCAUUCGGUGUGAAUGCAAAAGUGAAAAUUAUCCGUAAAGUGCCCAAAAGAAAAAAAAAUCCUCCCAGGGUGUACUAAAUCCUUGCUAAAAAAACCUCCCUUUGAUUCUCACACAAUCCUCGUGAAUCCUUAAGGUGAAAAAAAGGUGCAAAAGAUAGUGAAAGUGCGUGUGAGUGUGUGUGUGGAUCUCUCACACGAGAGAAAAGGCGAAAGAUCGCCGUCAGUGAAAAUUUUCACCAGAUAGCCCAGAAAAUUGCCAAAGAGUGUGUGUGAGAAAAUGUGCAAAAUAUAAAAUUUUCACAUAAGAAAAUUUUCCAACGACGCAAAAAGGAUUACAAAUAGAUGUGAAAAUCCUGUGAAAACAAGUUGGAUUAUCCUUGUGGAGUGUUGCGCAAGGAAAGAGUGAAUUUAUCAACCCCGCGAGAGGAUCAACAGAAUGUUCCCCGAAAAAACGAAUCCAGAUAAACUCCUCGAAGCUGAAUUCAAUCCCUGCUGUGCUGUUGAGUUUUCCAAUGAGCCCACUGAGAAGGUUUUGUGCCCCAUUGGGGGACGUGCAAUCCUCAGGAUUACCUUCCAGGAAACUCAGACACCAAGGGAUGAAAUUAUUUUUACGUGGAAACGAGAUGACUUAACACUACCCGAUUCAGGUCGUUUCCGCACAACAGAAACAAAAAAUGCCAUCCAAUUGGCCAUUGAGCACGUCCAGCGCGAAGAUGCUGGACUCUACACACUUUAUGCUCGCGCCAAGAAUGGCGAUAUGGUGCGAAAGGAUGUAGAAUUAGUUGUUGAAGACAGAUCUUCAGGAGAGGAUCCACCAAUCUUCGCCAAGCGCCUCAGUGAUAUCUCCGUGAAAGUUGGCACAAGGACGCGUCUUCUUGUGGAAAUUCGAAGUUCAACAGACAUUAAAGUGACAUGGUAUAGGAAUGAUCGGAGAAUCUGCGAAGGGGAUCGCAUAAGAACAGUCAAUGAGGGUACAUUCUACUGCCUCGAAAUUGCCCCAGUUACCCUCGAUGAUGGGGGGCAGUGGAUGUGUAUGGCAGAAAAUCAUGGUGGUCGCAAUUCAUGCCUCUGCCAUUUGAAUGUUCUCGUACCAAAAGCCUACAAAGGGCCAGAAUUUGUCGAAGAACUGCGUGCAGUUCUUACAGAACAGGGCACCGUGUCGUUAGAAUGCAAGGUCGUUGGUGUCCCUACGCCCGUACUGCGGUGGUUUAAGGACUCCAAAGAAAUCAAAGCUGGGGAUGUUUUUGCCCUAACUGCAAAUCCAGAUGAUCCAACGUCUUUGGGAACGUACACGUGUGAGGCUGUGAACUGCAUGGGACGUUCGUAUUCGUCGUCAAAAGUUCACGUAGUUGGGAAGGGAAGUCGCGAAGGAUCUCUUCGUCCAGCUGAUCAGGCACACGUUGGCCCACCACCGAUCUUCACGACAGAACUCACGGGGCAAAAGGUCAAAAUUGGGGAUCAUUUCACCCUCACGUGCCAGGUUGUUGUACCCCCAUGGCCAAAAUCCGUGGCUUGGUACAACAAGGAGGGCCGUGUUGAGCCCAAUGAAAGGUAUCGUCCUGUUGAGGACGGUCUUGGGGCCUACAUGAUUGAAGUUAAACCAUCAGAGAGUUGCGAUGAAGGUGAAUGGAAGUGCGUUGUAACCAGCAAUGAAGGAUGCGUGGGAAUAUCUUCGGCCAAUGUGGAGAUGAAUAUUCCCAAAAAUUACCGAAAACCUCGUUUUAUGGAGACCCUAAAAGCUAUCCUCACGGAGGAAGGAUUAGUCUCAUUCGAGUGCAAAGUAGUUGGGUUCCCAACUCCUGUUCUUAGAUGGUAUAAGGAUGGUCAGGAACUCAAACCAGGUGAUGUCUAUCAGCUAACUGGCGCCAAUUCCCUUGGGACGUAUUGUUGCGUCGCUAGCAAUUGCAUGGGUGAAAUGAGCAGUACAGCCGUACUCACCGUUGAGGAUAUUCAGAGUCAAUUGAAUGAAGAGGAACUUCUUCUAUUCACGCAAAAGAAUCAAGCGCCACGCUUUACGCAAGGACUAAAGAGUCAGGAAGCUCGUAUUAAUGAAGAAUUGCGCUUCACUGUUGCAGUUUGUGCUACACCAGAACCAACACUCUCCUGGUUCCGUGAUGAUCUUCCCGUUGAAUCCGGGGAAAGAUAUGUAAUCCUGCGCGAAGCCGUUGGAGUUUGCCAUUUGAAUAUAAAACAAGUGGAAUUCAUUGAUCAGGCUGAGUGGAAAUGCAUAGCAACGAAUGAUUUUGGGCAGAGCAUCACAAGCUGCUUCCUAAAACUCCAAAUUCCACGGCACUACAAGAAACCUCGCUUCCUGGAGUGCCUACGUGCAGUGCUAACCGAUGAAGGUGCUGUGAAUCUCGAAUGUAAGGUAAUCGGUGUACCGCAGCCAGUAUUGAAAUGGUACAAGGAUGGUGUAGAGCUGAAACCAGGUGAUAUCCAUCGCAUUAUCUCGGGACAAGAUGGAACUUGCUGCUUGGGAACGUAUACAUGCGAAGCUAGAAAUUGCAUGGGUGUUGUUGCAAGUUCAGCAUCAUUGCUUGGGUAUGAUGAUCCAAGUAAGAAUCCAACCUUGCCCCAUCCACCAGAACUUCAGAGAAAUAUCUCCUUGUCCACAAUUCACGAGGAGAGAACGUCUCAAAUGUACGAAACUCCCGGAUCAGAUAUUACAGCCGACGACAAGGCCGAUGUAUCCUUCUCCUUUGAUGGGAAGGAAGUAUCGGUGUCCUUAUAUGAGACCCCAGAUCUCACCGAAGAGGAAGCUCUUAAAAUUGUGGAAAUGUACGCAGAGCAAAUUUCUGAGCAUGUCACAGAGCAGAAUGUCGUUGAACUGCCCCCAUUGCGUUUUGUAAAGGAAACCUCAACAUCUGGCAAUCUUCUCAUGGAAGCUGUCGUUAUCGACGUGAGUCCCGAAUACUUCUCAGCAACUGAUGAAGACUUACGCACAGAAGCUGAUAUGGAAGAAAUAUCCUCAAUCAAUGACACACUAUCCCAUACAACAUCACGCUCAAAAGUUGAAGAGGAAGCCAUCCGUGAUAGAAUGACUGAGGAAUUUGUCCAACAGAAGAUGCUUCAGAUGGAAAGGGAACUCCAGCUGGAGCCAACAAAACCAAAGAGGAGGAAAUCUGAUUCGGCUGGAGAUGAGUAUUUCAGCUUUUCCCAUUCAAAGCCAUCUCAUGGAAGCUCCCCAGAUAACACUGAGACAGAUCUGCAAACAUUUGCCAGUGCAAAGAGUUCUGAGAAGCAAAAAUCUCAGGGAAGAGAGGCAGCAAAUGAAGCCGAAGAGGUACCAUCGAAGAAGCCACGAAAGAAUAAAUCCUCAAGCAGUGAGGAAAAUUCUAAAUCACGCGAUGAUGUUGGAUUGAGAGAUAUUUCCGGUGAAGAGGGUGAUGGAUUGAAGAUUUUCAAGAAGGACACAGGACCAAAUGCAGUGGACGUCAAAAGGAAGAUGGAGCUCCUGAAGCCUCUUGUUAAAUCACUGAAUAUCAUUGAGAAGCAUCUCUCGGUGAUUGAUGAUGAAGUUGUCCUGCAGUCGGGACUAAUGAUGUCCACAGCAUCGGCAGAUAGUAGUCUUGGUGUGAUAAAGAAUGUAAUAAAUCCCCUAAGGAAUACUCUGGAUAUCCUUAAGAGUUUCUCCGGGGAUUGCACGUUGGAUCAAGUGAUGCAGGUCAUCCUGCCGCAACUGAAGGGACUUCAGGAGGGUCUCAAUGUGAUUGAAAAGUGCGUAGAAAUGGAUGAGCAAGGAAAAACUUUAGUACAGCGAACAAGUGUUUGUAUUAUUGAGAGCAGUGGUGAGCAGCUUCUUAACGUUCUGGAUCACUUCACGUCCAUCAUUGGAGAGUUUAGCAAUAAAACCUUAGCAAAUGAAGUCAAUUUGCUGGUCAAUGAUAUGAAAACUGGCAUUCAAAUGACACAGGACACCAUUAAAUCCCAAGUUCUCCUGCAGGAAGCUACAGCCUUGGAAGCAGCACAACAUGUUACGGAAUCCAUUGCAAGGAUGCAGGAGGUUCCCGAUGUUGUGCCACCAUUUGAAAGUGUCUCAAGUGCAGAGCUGCCACAAGAAGCGGAAGCUUUGAAACGAAUUUGUCGUCCUGUUGUGAAAAUUCAAUUUGCCCUGGAAAGUAUUGAGCAUGAUUUGUCACUGGAGGAGAAUGAGGAGCAACUCUACACAAAAGUUCAUGAGAAAAUAAUUGAAAAACUCACAGAACCCAUUGAGGAGCUUCAGCGUGAAAUGAUGGAGAUUGAGAAGCUCGCCGUGGCAGGAGUUGGAACGGAAGAUCUACAGCAGAAAGUCAAUAUUGCCAUCCUGGAUAUUGUAACUCCACCCAUGUAUGAGCUGCAGAAAGGACUUGAGAUCCUCGGACAGCAAUCGGCCAGCAAUACUCAUUCCGGAAUGGUUAGCGUGAGUAUUUUGGAAUCAAUGGUGCCACCACUUCAGGAAAUUCAAACAGGAUUAGCAAGGAUUGGGCAGGAUAUUGAAUCAGGAGAACUAAAGAGAGAAUCUCCCAUUGAAAAUAUCGAUGCGCAGAAAUUAAUUCAAUCUCUUGCACAGUCCAUUCUGAAUUUUGAAAAUAACGUCAUAUCCUUAAAUGGAAAGUUUGAGGAGAAAGCUAAAAUUUCCCUAAUCGACCUCAAAGGUGGAAUGUCGGCAAUUCUUGAGAGUGUCGUGGAUGCCCCAUUGGACAAGUACAGACUAACAAUACUGGAAAAUCUUAAGAAACCCAUGGAUGAGAUAAACUACGCUCUUCGACACAUUGAAGUAAAAUCCACAAAUGGAUCUCUUGCAGACCUCGUUGAACCAAUCCUCUUGCUUGAAGAGAAAAUAAGAGUUUGUGAGGAUAUCCUCGUUCUCACAAAUCAUCCAGCCGAUCACUCAAGCGUAAAAGCUCUAUCUUCAGUUAAGAAAACACUAAAAUCCGUUAAGAAAUCCAUUGAUUUCAAUGAGAAUAAAAUAUCUGAAAGAGAGAGAGGUGCAUUGUUGCAAGUUCAACAAGGAGAAAUUCAAGAGAUUUCCUCAACAAGCGCACAAGAGGUAAAAACCAUGGAGUCUGUUAAAGAAAUCAGUCGUAAAGAAACGAUUCAACUCCUCGAAGAACUGCAAAUUCAAGUAGCGGCCAUACAGGAGAAUAUUCUCUUUGAUAGCACAAAGGAAGCAGAAAUGUUUGAGAAAUCUUCCAUUCAGGAAACUCUCGUUACUCCCUUGAUAAAUGUCCAGAGAUGCAUUGCGGAAAUUAAGGAUCAACUCGUGAUGGAAACUACGGAAAAUAUUGUUGAACAGAACUUCUCAGUUCUUCAGAAACUCGCCACUCCAAUGCAAGAAGUGGUGAAACAUUUGAAAACAGUCUCAACUCAGGAUGUUGUUGAGCCUGUGGAGUCUAUGUCGACGCAGGAUAAUUUGAGCCUUCUCAAAACAGUCGCUCACCCACUGCAGGAGCUGCAAAACUGCAUUGCAACCCUCAGAGAAGAACCCCUAGUUAUUGAGCAAACAGGACAAGUUUCAUCCCUUGACUCCCUCACAAUUGCCAGGCCAAUUCAGGAGUUGCGAGACUGCGUGGCUGCAAUUCUGGCCAAUGUUGUUGAACCCAGUGAAGAUUUAUCCACCAUGGAAGACAUUUCCGCUCUCAAAACUCUCGCAGAAGAUGUAGCUGAAGUGAGGGAUGAUGCAGCAAUUAUUCAGGAGCCAGGAAUCUCCUCUGAGAUCUCAGAUGAAAUUCCCACUCUCAGUAUUGAAGAGAGAAAAGUCUUUGCUCAACAACUUCUCACAGAUCUUGAGCACAAUCUUGCCACUGUGAGGCAACACUGUGUGCUUGAAGAAGCUGAAUCGUUGUCUGAGAAAGCUCCUUCACUUGCACAAGCUCUGGCAAAACCAAUUGAGGAUGUGGAGAAAUGUUUAGCCACCAUUAAAAUGCAAACUUCCCACGAAAUGAUUGGCAGUGAGGCUCAAGCUGAGAUUCUUCCUGAUCUCCAUGAACUUGCGAGUCCUCUUCAAAUUCUAGAGCAAAGUAUCGCUUCAAUUCAGCAAGAAAUCUUAAUUGAAACCUCUGAAUCGAUCUCUGAGAAGCAAGAAAUUCCUCAACAUCUAAGCAUCGCACAACCUCUGGAAGAGCUAAGAAGUUGUGUAAAUGUUGUUGAGCAUUACAUUGCUGAUCAAGAAGUUCCUCAAUCUUCCAGUGAAAAAGCUCCGAAGAAGAUAAAUAUUCAACUAAUUCAAGAAUUUUCUGAAUGUCUGAAAAACGUUCAACAAGAAAACUCCCUGGAAAAUUUGCAAAAGACAUUUUCCUCAAGAAAAGACAAAGAUGUUGCAAAAGCAGUUGAAACUGUUCAAAAUCUCAUUAAAACUGUAACAGAAGUCACGAAAAAAGUUCAUUUGGAUAAAAUGCAGCAACAAGCAACUCCUGCAGAUAUUAUGAUCCUUAAGACAAUUCCCGAUGCAAUAGGAGCUGUACAAAAAUCAAUUUCUUCCUCAAAGUUCCUUGGAGAACUCCCACCAAAUACGAAAAAUGUUUCAAAUUUGCUCUCUUGCAUAGAAAAUAUCAAUGUUGAUGAUUUAAGCAGACUCUUGGAAAUGCGAACUCCUGAGGAGAUAGCAGCUGCAAAGGCCCUCGUGGAAUCACUAAAAGGAAUUGUGGCAAAGAAGGAAAUAAAACUUCCUCAAGAUUUUGAUGUUCAUUUGGAAAAUCUUUUAAAUUCAACCGAAUCUCUGCUGAAAAAUGAGAAUUUGAAUACUUUUGAUGAAAUGAAGGCAUCUCUUAUGACCGUGAAGGAAUCCUGCACAGCUGUAAGUUGUGAUAAGGCUAAAAUUAUAGAAAAGAAUGAAGCAAAUAAUGCAAGAUUGGUAGAUCUUAUAAGUAGCAUUGAUGACAUGGAGUCACAAUUGCAAAUAUCUAAAUCAACAAUUAAUAAGAAAGAAAUGGAAGCAAAAUCAAUUGCGCUUGAAUCGAUUGAGAAACUUUUGGUUUCUGUAACUCCUAUAAGGAAAGAUUUGGUUAAUCUUCAGAAAGCUAAAGGAUUACUGGUCCAACAACCAACUGAACAGUGCUCAAAGAAGCUCCAAAAAUGUUUAAAUGCCGUGGAGAGAAUUUGCAAGAAUUCCAACUUGGAUACAGUACAGAAAUUAUGUUUAUCCGAAUUGGAACCUUCGCUCAAUCAACUUCUAACUUCAAUGGAAUUAUUCUCCACUGAGAACAUCGAAGGAUCUCUCAAUGAAUCUCAGAUUUCGGCUCUCAAAGACAAAGUUUUGGAUUCACAAACUUGCGUUGUUCUCUUCGAAGCAUCGCUCUUGGCAAAUAUUCAACGGAAUCAAGUUCAGAAUAUUCAAAAUAUUCAUAAACCCAUUCAUAAGCUCAAGGAAUCAAUCGAUGGGAUACAGACACAGCUAAUGCAAGAACAUCCAGAGCCUGAGAAAAUACUUCAAACUAUUUCUCAGUUGGAAAUUCCUUUGAAUGCUCUUGGAUCAAAUCUUUCGAAGAUUGAAUGUGAUUUAAUGCCUCAAAAUUCAUUGAAAAAUCUUCUAAAUCCAAUACAAAAAGUUCAUUCACUUCUUGGUGAAUUCCAAGAAAAAUUCGCAUCAGAAUCAACUUUAGAAGAAAUUGCUAUUUUAUCGGAAAAAUUAGAUGAAUCUCAAGAAAAACUUUUAAGAAAGAAACAACCACAAAUCCUUGCUGAAGAUCUUAAGGAAAUAUUCAAAAUUUCCAGCCCUCUUGCAGAAGCACAAAAAGUAAUAACAGAUGCAAAUUGUGGACGAAUUGCAAUUUCCAAUGAACCCAGAAAGGCUCUUAGUGCCCUCUCCGAGCCUCUGCGUGAGUUGGAAAAUAUUCUAAAUGAGGUAGAUGCUCAGGAAAUUGCAGCAAGUACGUUGAAUCUGGCAGAGGUUCAGAAGAAUGAAGAUGUGAUAAAAUUAGAUGCCAUUUCAGUAUCGGACGCACAUUUGGCAACGGCAAAAAUAGACCAAGGCCCCAAUGUCAAAGAGCAAGAGGAAAUUAGCUUAGGAGGUGACAAAGCUCGCACGAAGGUGAUUCAACGCCCUGAAAUUGUCUUGGAAGACACAGACGACCCGGAAAAGCUAAAAGCGCAAGCAAAGGAAUUGCUGAGGAAAUCGGAAGAGCGUGAACUGACCCCUGUGGAAAUGGACAGCCUUAAGUAUCUCCUGGCCAGGAUUAAUUCCCUGGGAUCGGAGAUUCAUGAAACUCUUGUAGAUGCGAAGGUUAUCAAUCAGAAUACAGCAGAAAUUAUUGAGCAGAUAAAAUCCGAUGCGCAACAUGGUGUAGAUUCGGUUAAAAAAAACGAUGUUGCAGACCAACCUACCGAAGAUACCUCCGCAAGUACUACUACUGAACCGAUGGAAGUGGAUGUAGAUAGUAGAACCCCUGUCCUCAAAAUUGGAGGCGACACAUCAAUUGGCGACUCUGAGACAAUCGUUAAAUUUGAUGUGUCCGUCGAUGUUGAUGAGUUUGCAAAAGUUGACGUUCAUUUGGUUUCGAAGCACCAGGACACAGAACAGGACGUGACUAGAGAAUCAUGCGAGAAUGCAGGCACAUCUGCAGAAAAGACUGAAGCACCAAAAGACACAACUUUGCAUGCACAACGGCAGCCACUUUCCCUCCAAGAAAUCGCAAUGGAGGUACAGCCACAGCGAGAAUCGGCAGAAAUUCAAAAGGAAGCUGAAGGAAAGAUGGAACAAGCCAAAAUAAUUCAUGUUGAGAUGGCAACCAAGGAAGACGUUGAGAAAUCUCAGGAAGCAACAAUUGAAGAUGUUUCAAUGGCUGAACUCUCUCAACAAACCCUUGAAGAACAAGAAUCAGACAUAUUUUCCGAUAGAUCUAUGUCUCUGGAUAUUCACCUAGAAGAACUUCAUGAAAUAUCUCCAUCAAGCACUCAAGAACUAAAAACAUUAGACUCUGUUAAGGAAAUGAGUCGUAAGGAAACGAUUCAACUCCUCGAAGAGCUUCAAAUUCAAGUUGCUGCUGUCCAAGAAAAUAUCCUUCAUGAUAGCACAAAGGAAGCAGAAAUGUUUGAGAAAUCUUCCAUUCAGGAAACUCUCGUGACUCCCUUGAUAAAUGUUCAAAGAUGCAUUGCGGAAAUUAAGGAUCAACUCGUGAUGGAGACUACGGAAAAUAUUGCUGAACAGAACUUUUCAGUUCUUCAGAAACUCGCCACUCCAAUGCAAGAAGUGGUGAGGUAUCUCAAAACAGUCUCAACUCAGGAUGUUGUGGAGCCUGUGGAGUCUAUGUCGACGCAGGAUAAUUUGAGCCUUCUCAAAACAGUCGCUCACCCACUGCUGGAGCUACAAAACUGCAUUGCAACCCUCAGAGAAGAACCCCUAGUUAUUGAGCAAACAGGACAAGUUUCAUCCCUUGACUCCCUCACAAUUGCCAAGCCAAUUCAGGAAUUGCGAAACUGCGUGGCUGCAAUUCUGGCCAAUGUCGUUGAACCCAGUGAAGAUUUAUCCACCAUGGAAGAUAUUUCCGCUCUCAAAACUAUCGCAGAAGAUGUAGCUGAAGUGAGGGAUGAUGCAGCAAUUAUUCAGGAGCCAGGAAUCUCCUCUGAGAUCUCAGAUGAAAUUCCCACUCUCAGUAUUGAAGAGAGGAAAGUCUUUGCUCAACAACUUCUCACAGAUCUUGAGCACAAUCUUGCUACUGUGAGGCAACACUGUGUGCUUGAAGAAGCUGAAUCGUUGUCUGAGAAAGCUCCAUCUCUUGCACAAGCUCUGGCGAAGCCAAUUGAGGAUGUGGAGAAAUGUUUAGCCACCAUUAAAAUGCAAACUUCCCACGAAAUGAUUGGCAGUGAGGCUAAAGCUGAGAUUCUUCCUGAUCUCCAUGAACUCGCGAGUCCUCUUCAAAUUCUUGAGCAAAGUAUCGCUUCAGUUCAACAAGAAAUCUUAACUGAAACCUCUGAAUCGAUCUCUGAGAAACAAGAAAUUCCUCAACAACUAAGCAUCGCACAACCUCUGGAAGAGCUAAGAAGUUGCGUAAAUGUUGUUGAGCAUUACAUUGCUGAUCAAGAAGUUCCCAAAGUUUUCAUUGAUAAAGCACAGCAGAAGACAAACAGUCAAAUAGUAAAAGAGUUUGCUGAAUGUAUUGAUAAUUUAGUGCGGGAAUCUCCUCUAAAAAGUAUCAAAGAAACAGUCGCUACCACGAGUAAUGAAGAUGUGAGGAAAGCUUUUGAAUCAGUUGAAGUUCUCUUGAUUUCUUUGGCUCAUGUAAUGGACCACCCAAAACUGUCGGAGAUUUUUGAAAAUCCAACAGAAGAAAGCAUUGCAGUUGUAAAAAGAAUCCCUGAAUCUAUUAAACAUGUCCAAAUGGCAGAUUUGUCUUUAAGUAGUCUUGAUAAUAAAACUCAAAAAGAAGAAAAUAUAACAAAAUUAUUGGCAUGCAUUAAAAAUAUUAAUGUUGAUGCUAUGGAACGUUCUCUUGAAUUAAAAACUCCUGAAGACUCUAUGACAACAAAUCUUCUCUUACAAGUAUUAGAUGAGAUAUUUAGUCAGAAAACAGAACAAAGAGAAGCUAAAUUUUCCGAUGAGUUUUCUAAUCAUUUAUCUUCACUUGAAGACGCUUUGGAAAAGCUUGAUAAACAAAAACUUCCUGAUCCGUUCAAUUUGCUCGAUGAUUUUGUAAAGGAAGUUCAAGAGAAUGUGAAAAAUCUUAAUAAACUGCAAGUAGAGGGAAUCGAUAAAAUCAAAGAGAUACAGAGAGUCUCAAACGCAAUUGAAAAUCUUGAAGACUUUGAAUCUCGUCUCUAUAUAAUAAAAUACAACAUUGAGGACAAUUUGCUAUCAAAGUCUUCAAAUAUUGGGCAAAACGAUCUAGAAACUGUUGAAAGCAUUCUUUCGAAGAUUCUUCCAGUUAAGAAGGAUUUACUCGAAUAUCAAAAAAUUAAUAAUUUAACAGAAAAGGCCCCAAUAAGUUGUUCAAAGAAGCUCCAAAAAUGUUUAAAUGCCGUGGAGAGAAUUUGCAAGAAUUCCAACUUGGAUACAGUACAGAAAUUAUGUUUAUCCGAAUUGGAACCUUCGCUCAAUCAACUUCUAACUUCAAUGGAAUUAUUCUCCACUGAAAACAUCGAAGGAUCUCUCAAUGAAUCUCAGAUUUCGGCUCUCACAGACAAAGUUUUGGAUUUACAAACUUGCGUUGUUCUCUUCGAAGCAUCGCUCUUGGCAAAUAUUCAACGGAAUCAAGUUCAGAAUAUUCAAAAUAUUCAUAAACCCAUUCAUAAGCUCAAGGAAUCAAUCGAUGAGAUACAGACACAGCUAAUGCAAGAAAAUCCUGAACCUGAGAAAAUAAUUCAAACUAUUUCUCAGUUGGAAAUUCCUUUGAAUGCUCUUGGAUCAACUCUUUCGAAGAUUGAAUGUGAUUUAAUGCCUCAAAAUUCAUUGAAAAAUCUUCUAGAUCCAAUACAAAAAGUUCAUUCAGUUCUUGAGGAGUUCCAAGAAAAAUACGAAGCUAAUCAAUACAAAGAAAUCAUUAAAAGUUUAACAGAAAAAAUGGAUGAGACAGAAGGAAUACUCUUAUUUAAGGACAAUGAUGAAAUAGAUUUUAAUGAUCUGAAGGUAGUUUUUAAAAUAAAUUCUCCAUUACAAGAAAUCAAAAACCUUAUAGAAAGUUCUACAUCUGAAACUAAACAAUCAGCAGUUCUCUCAAAAGAAAUAAAUGAACUAGAAGAUCCAAUAAAAGAAAUUGAAAUUCUCCUUAAGAACAUUAUAAAAUGCGAAAUAGGAAAAGAACAUCCUGAACUAAAAACAAUAGAAUGUGAGGAAGCUCCAAUAUCUAAAAAAGCUAAGUUUGAAGAUCAAAAACCAGAGGAAGUUCAAAUUGAAGACACUUCAAAGAAAGAAAAGGCCGCAGUUUUAGCCAAGAAGUCAUCUGAAGAGGAACAGAAACCGCAAGAAGCUCAGGUUGAAGAUGCUAAAAAGCAAGAGAAGGCCGCAGUUUUGGCCAAGAAGACAUCUGAAGAAGAACAAAAACCUCAAGAAGCUCAGGUUGAAGAUGCUAAGAAGCAUGAGAAGGCCGCAGUUUUAGCCAAGAAGACAUCUGACGGAGAACAAAAACCUCAAGAAGCUCAGGUUGAAGAUGCUAAGAAGCAAGAGAAGGCCGCAGUUUUAGCCAAGAAGACAUCUGAAGAAGAACAAAAACCUCAAGAAGCUCAAGUUGAAGACGCUAAGAAGCAAGAGAAGGCCGCAGUUUUAGCCAAGAAGACAUCUGAAGAGGAACAAAAACCUCAAGAAGCUCAGGUUGAAGAUGCUAAGAAGCAAGAGAAGGCCGCAGUUUUAGCAAAGAAGAUAUCUGAAGAAGAACAAAAACCUCAAGAAGCUCAGGUUGAAGAUGCUAAGAAGCAAGAGAAGGCCGCAGUUUUAGCCAAGAAGACAUCUGAAGAAGACCUGAAACCACAAGAAGCUCAGGUUGAAGAUGCUAAGAAGCAAGAGAAGGCCGCAGUUUUAGCAAAGAAGAUAUCUGAAGAAGAACAAAAACCUCAAGAAGCUCAGGUUGAAGAUGCUAAGAAGCAAGAGAAGGCCGCAGUUUUAGCCAAGAAGACAUCUGAAGAAGAACAAAAACAGCAAGAAGCUCAGGUUGAAGAUGCUAGAAAGCAAGAGAAGGCCGCAGUUUUGGCCAAGAAGACAUCUGAAGAAGACCUGAAACCACAAGAAGCUCAGGUUGAAGAUGCUAAGAAGCAAGAGAAGGCCGCAGUUUUAGCAAAGAAGAUAUCUGAAGAAGAACAAAAACCUCAAGAAGCUCAAGUUGAAGAUGCUAAGAAGCAAGAGAAGGCCGCAGUUUUAGCCAAGAAGACAUCUGAAGAGGAACAAAAACAGCAAGAAGCUCAGGUUGAAGAUGCUAGAAAGCAAGAGAAGGCCGCAGUUUUGGCCAAGAAGACAUCUGAAGAAGACCUGAAACCACAAGAAGCUCAGGUUGAAGAUGCUAAGAAGCAAGAGAAGGCCGCAGUUUUAGCAAAGAAGACAUCUGAAGAAGAACAAAAACCUCAAGAAGCUCAGGUUGAAGAUGCUAAGAAGCAAGAGAAGGCCGCAGUUUUAGCCAAGAAGACAUCUGAAGAAGAACAAAAACCGCAAGAAGCUCUAGUUGAAGAUGCUAAAAAGCAAGAGAAGGCCGCAGUUUUAGCCAAAAAGUCAUCUGAAGAAGAACAAAAACCUCAAGAAGCUCAGGUUGAAGAUGCUAAGAAGCAAGAGAAGGUCGCAGUUUUAGCAAAGAAGACAUCUGAAGAAGAACAAAAACCUCAAGAAGCUCAGGUUGAAGAUGCUAAGAAGCAAGAGAAGGUCGCAGUUUUAGCAAAGAAGACAUCUGAAGAAGAACAAAAACCUCAAGAAGCUCAGGUUGAAGAUGCUAAGAAGCAAGAGAAGGCCGCAGUUUUAGCCAAGAAGACAUCUGAAGAAGAACAAAAACCUCAAGAAGUACAGGUUGAAGAUGCUAAGAAGCAAGAGAAGGCCGCAGUUUUGGCCAAGAAGACAUCUGAAGAAGAACUAAAACCUCAAGAAGCUCAGGUUGAAGAUGCUAAGAAGCAAGAGAAGGCCGCAGUUUCAGCCAAGAAGACAUCCGAAGAAGAACAAAAACCUCAAGAAGCUCAGGUUGAAGAUGCUAAGAAGCAAGAGAAGGCCGCAGUUUUAGCCAAGAAGACAUCUGAAGAAGAACAAAAACCGCAAGAAACUCAGGUUGAAGAUGCUAAGAAGCAAGAGAAGGCCGCAGUUUUGGCCAAGAAGACAUCUGAAGAAGAACAAAAACCUCAAGAAGCUCAGGUUGAAGAUGCUAAAAAGCAAGAGAAGGCCGCAGUUUUUGCCAAGAAGACAUCUGAAGAAGAACAAAAACCUCAAGAAGCAGAAAUCCAAGAAUCUUCAAAGAAAGAAAAGGCCGCAGUUUUGGCCAAAAAGAAAUCUGAAGAAGAACAAAAACCUCAAGAAGCUCAGGUUGAAGUUGCUAAGAAGCAAGAGAAGGCCGCAGUUUUGGCCAAGAAGUCAUCUGAAGAAAAACAAAAACCUCAAGAAGCUCAGGUUGAAGAUGCUAAGAAGCAAGAGAAGGCCGCAGUUUUAGCAAAGAAGACAUCUGAAGAAGAACAAAAACCACAAGAAGCUCAGGUUGAAGAUGCUAAGAAGCAAGAGAAGGCCGCAGUUUUAGCAAAGAAGAUAUCUGAAGAAGAACAAAAACCUCAAGAAGCUCAGGUUGAAGAUGCUAAGAAGCAAGAAAAGGCCGCAGUUUUAGCCAAGAAGACAUCUGAAGAAGAACAAAAACCUCAAGAAGCUCAGGUUGAAGAUGCUAAAAAGCAAGAGAAGGCCGCAGUUUUUGCCAAGAAGACAUCUGAAGAAGAACAAAAACCUCAAGAAGCAGAAAUCCAAGAAUCUUCAAAGAAAGAAAAGGCCGCAGUUUUGGCCAAAAAGAAAUCUGAAGAAGAACAAAAACCUCAAGAAGCUCAGGUUGAAGUUGCUAAGAAGCAAGAGAAGGCCGCAGUUUUGGCCAAGAAGUCAUCUGAAGAAGAACAAAAACCUCAAGAAGCUCAGGUUGAAGAUGCUAAGAAGCAAGAGAAGGCCGCAGUUUUAGCCAAGAAGACAUCUGAAGAAGAACAAAAAUCUCAAGAAGCUCAGAUUGAAGAUGCUAAGAAGCAAGAGAAGGCCGCAGUUUUAGCAAAGAAGACAUCUGAAGAAGAACAAAAACAUCAAGAAGCUCAGGUUGAAGAUGCUAAGAAGCAAGAAAAGGCCGCAGUUUUAGCCAAGAAGACAUCUGAAGAAGAACAAAAACCUCAAGAAGUACAGGUUGAAGAUGCUAAGAAGCAAGAGAAGGCCGCAGUUUUGGCCAAGAAGACAUCUGAAGAAGAACAAAAACCUCAAGAAGCUCAAGUUGAAGAUGCUAAGAAGCAAGAGAAGGCCGCAGUUUUAGCAAGGAAGACAUCUGAAGAAGAACAAAAACCGCAAGAAGCUCAGGUUGAAGAUGCUAAAAAGCAAGAGAAGGCCGCAGUUUUGGCCAAGAAGAAAUCUGAAGAAGAACAAAAACCUCAAGAAGCUCAGGUUGAAGAUGCUAAAAAGCAAGAAAAGGCCGCAGUUUUAGCCAAGAAGACAUCUGAAGAGGAACAAAAACCGCAAGAAGCUCAGGUUGAAGAUGCUAAGAAGCAAGAGAAGGCCGCAGUUUUGGCCAAGAAGACAUCUGAAGAAGACCUGAAACCACAAGAAGCAGGAAUUCAAGAAGUUUCAAAGAAAGAAAAGGCCGCAGUUUUGGCCAAGAAGAAAUCUGAAGAAGAACAAAAACCUCAAGAAGCUCAGGUUGAAGAUGCUAAAAAGCAAGAAAAGGCCGCAGUUUUAGCCAAGAAGACAUCUGAAGAAGAACAAAAACCGCAAGAGGCUCAGGUUGAAGUUGCUAAGAAGCAAGAGAAGGCCGCAGUUUUGGCCAAGAAGUCAUCUGAAGAAGAACAAAAACCUCAAAAAGCUCAAGUUGAAGAUGCUAAAAAGCAAGAGAAGGCCGCAGUUUUGGCCAAGAAGACAUCUGAAGAAGAACAAAAAUCUCAAGAAGCUCAGGUUGAAGAUGCUAAAAAGCAAGAAAAGGCCGCAGUUUUAGCCAAGAAGACAUCUGAAGAAGAACAAAAACCGCAAGAAGCUCAAGUUGAAGAUGCUAAAAAGCAAGAAAAGGCCGCAGUUUUAGCCAAGAAGACAUCUGAAGAAGAACAAAAACCGCAAGAGGCUCAGGUUGAAGUUGCUAAGAAGCAAGAGAAGGCCGCAGUUUUGGCCAAGAAGUCAUCUGAAGAAGAACAAAAACCUCAAAAAGCUCAAGUUGAAGAUGCUAAAAAGCAAGAGAAGGCCGCAGUUUUGGCCAAGAAGAAAUCUGAAGAAGAACAAAAAUCUCAAGAAGCUCAGGUUGAAGAUGCUAAAAAGCAAGAAAAGGCCGCAGUUUUAGCCAAGAAGACAUCUGAAGAAGAACAAAAACCGCAAGAAGCUCAAGUUGAAGAUGCUAAAAAGCAAGAAAAGGCCGCAGUUUUAGCCAAGAAGACAUCUGAAGAGGAACAAAAACCGCAAGAAGCUCAGGUUGAAGAUGCUAAGAAGCAAGAGAAGGCCGCAGUUUUGGCCAAGAAGACAUCUGAAGAAGACCUGAAACCACAAGAAGCAGGAAUUCAAGAAGUUUCAAAGAAAGAAAAGGCCGCAGUUUUGGCCAAGAAGAAAUCUGAAGAAGAACAAAAAUCUCAAGAAGCUCAGGUUGAAGAUGCUAAAAAGCAAGAAAAGGCCGCAGUUUUAGCCAAGAAGACAUCUGAAGAAGAACAAAAACCGCAAGAAGCUCAAGUUGAAGAUGCUAAAAAGCAAGAAAAGGCCGCAGUUUUAGCCAAGAAGACAUCUGAAGAGGAACAAAAACCGCAAGAAGCUCAGGUUGAAGAUGCUAAGAAGCAAGAGAAGGCCGCAGUUUUGGCCAAGAAGACAUCUGAAGAAGACCUGAAACCACAAGAAGCAGGAAUUCAAGAAGUUUCAAAGAAAGAAAAGGCCGCAGUUUUGGCCAAGAAGAAAUCUGAAGAAGAACAAAAAUCUCAAGAAGCUCAGGUUGAAGAUGCUAAAAAGCAAGAAAAGGCCGCAGUUUUAGCCAAGAAGACAUCUGAAGAAGAACAAAAACCGCAAGAAGCUCAGGUUGAAGAUGCUAAAAAGCAAGAGAAGGCCGCAGUUUUGGCCAAGAAGACAUCUGAAGAAGACCUGAAACCACAAGAAGCAGAAAUUCAAGAAGCUUCAAAGAAAGAAAAGGCCGCUGUUUUAGCGAAGAAGAAAUCUGAGGACGAACUGAAAACUCAAGACGUUAAAAUUGAGGAUUUACCGAAACAAGAAAAGGCUUCUGUCAUGGCAAGAAAGAAGUCUGAAGAUGCGGAGAAACCUCAAGAAGCUAAAAUUGAGGAUUCUCCUAAAGAAGAAAAAGCUUCUGUCAAGGCAAGAAAGAAGUCUGAAGAUGCGGAGAAACCUCAAGAGGCUAAACCUAAGGAUUCACCGAAACAAGAAAAGGCUUCUAUCAAGGCAAGAAAGAAGUCUGAAGAUGCGGAGAAACCUCAAGAGGCUAAAGUUGAGGAUUCACCGAAACAAGAAAAAGCUUCUCUGAAGGCAAGAAAGAAGUCUGAAGAUGCGGAGAAACCUCAAGAAGCUAAAGUUGAGGAUUCACCGAAACAAGAAAAAGCUUCUCUGAAGGCAAGAAAGAAGUCUGAAGAUGCGGAGAAACCUCAAGAAGCUAAAAUUGAGGAUUCUCCAAAAGAAGAAAAAGCUUCAUUAAAAGCACGAAAGAGAUCCGAUGAUGAAGAAAAGCCUCAAGAAGCUAAAAUUAAAGAAUCUCCAAAAGAAGAAAAAGCUUCUUUGAUGGGAAGAAAGAAGUCUGAAGAUGUGGAGAAACCUCAAGAGGCUAAAGUUGAGGAUUCUCCUAAAGAAGAAAAAGCUUCUAUCAAGGCAAGAAAGAAGUCUGAAGAUGCGGAGAAACCUCAAGAGGCUAAAGUUGCGGAUUCUCCUAAAGAAGAAAAAGCUUCUCUGAAGGCAAGAAAGAAGUCUGAAGAUGCGGAGAAACCUCAAGAAGCUAAAAUUGCGGAUUCUCCUAAAGAAGAAAAAGCUUCAUUAAAAGCACGAAAGAGAUCCGAAGAUGAAGAAAAGCCUCAAGAAGCUAAAGUUGAGGAGUCUCCAAAAGAAGAAAAAGCCUCUCUGAAGGCAAGAAAGAAGUCUGAAGAUGAAGGAAAACCGAAGGUCAAGAGAACAAGUGUAAAAUCAAAGAAAAAACUGGAAAAGGAUGUAGCUGAGGCGACAGUUGACAAGGAACUAAAUGGAAAGGACACUCCUGCUGGAACCAAUGGGUAUGAUCGUGUACCAAAUGGCGAUGGAUCUCCUGAAUUAAAAGCUGUUAAUGGAAAAUUGGUUGAACCUAAAAAGCUAACUGAAGACGAAGAAUACGAUAGAUUGUACCAGAAAGCUUUGGAGACUCGAGCUAUGAUGGAAGCAGACACUAGAGCGUGGUCUCGAGUUACUGAGGAAGAGGAUCAUCGUCCAAGGAGGCUGUCAAUUAAUAAUGACCUCAGACUGACGGAAACAGUGAAUAAGGAAAUGGAUGAUUUGAAGAAAAUGCAAAAGGAUCGGGAAAUGAGAAGACGACCUAAUUUUGAAAUGUUCCUGACAAAUCGUUCUCUUGCUGUUGGUUCAACGGUUAAGUUAUCUUGUGCUGCUACAGGUCCGGAUUAUCAAGUGCAGUGGUUAAAGAAUGGAAAGCCCAUCUCGAGUGGAAGCAAAUAUCGCAUUAGGGAGAGCAGUGGACUCCUUGCACUGGAAAUCUUGGAGACAACUGUGAGUGACAGUGGGGAAUAUACUUGCAUCUUGAAGAAUAGAAAUGGUUCCGUUGAAAGCACUUCAAUGGUAACAAUUUAUGAAAAGAGUCGCGAAGAUGACUCAUUUGCACCACUCUUCACUCGAGGAAUUCGAGAUUCGUACGAUAUCUACACGGAUGAAUUAAUUGUGGAGUUCCACAUUCGUGGGCAGCCUCGACCACAGCUGGAUUGGGCAAAGGACGCAAUUGCCAUUGAUUUGAAUGAUGAACGUUAUCGCGUUGUUCACGAAGGCAAUCUCUGCCGAUUGUUGGUCUCAAAGCCAACCAUCAACGAUAGCGGAAAGUACGUGUGCUAUGCCUCAAAUGCCGCUGGAAAAGCCGAAGGUUCCCACUAUGUGUACUUCGAGAGCAAAGAAUCCGUCACUCAUGUGGCUGGAAUUUUCCACGCUCACUCAAAGAAAUCCCUCGAUGAGAUCACGGAGGAACUAAUGCCGCACAUUACUCUCCCACCGCAUGAGCCACUCACAUCCGGGGAGCCCCAUGAGAAGAAGGAAAAACCCGCAGCAAAGGGUGUCAAGGGUGGACCAAAAGCCGCAGCAGCAGCUGCUGCUGCUGCCGGAGGAAAGGGACGUCGCAAGGAGACUCUUGCACACCGGAAGCUCCUCACCUUCUCCAACACCCUACGCGAUAGAAUCACCCUCGUGGGGACAAAUUUGAAACUCGUAACGACUGUUAUUGGUCCCGAACCGCAAAUUAAGUGGACGAAGGAUGGCAUUGGCAUUGCCCCAAGUCCUCGCUUCAAGAACUCCACCAAGGAAGGAUUUGCGUGCAUUGAAUUGAAUAAUCUCACACUGGAGGAUUCAGGUGUAUUCACGUGCACAGCAAAGAAUGCAGCUGGGGAAAUUUCAACAUCAGCCAACAUCACGGUGUACGCAGUUGAAGAUGCAGAUGCAGUUGCACCGAUCUUCACAUUGCCAAUCAGAGACACCUACCAUGCUGCGGAGAAUGAUCUUAUUCUUUCGUGCAAGGUGCGCGCACAUCCGAGGGCAACAAUAGUAUGGGCAAAGGACGAAGUGGAGUUGCCACCGGAUGAGAGAAUUCAACAAGUUGAGCAUGCCAAUGGGGUGUGUGAUUUACUCAUUCACGCCCCAUCGUGUAAAGAUAGUGGCACGUAUUCGUGUACGGCAACAAACUACAAAGGUAGCCAACGGAUAACCCACAGAACCCUUGUGGAAAGUCAAUCAGCUACACCAGUUGAGUUGCAACCGCGCGACGAGACACAGAAACCCAAAGGACGCAAACUGGGGAAGAAGAAGGAAAAGAAGGAAUCAACGGGAAUACCCAAUGCAAGGCUAUCAUUGGUAUUCCAGUCCCGACUCACGAAUCGCAUCGUGAAGGAGGGACAACCCGUGAAGUUGACGUGCUUUGUUGCUGGACCCGAGCCCAAUUUGAAGUGGUUGAAGAAUGGUGCUGGAUUUGCGCCAUCGCCUGUGCUCAAAAUUACCAACAGUGAUGGCUUUGCUGUGGCGCACUUCCUGAAUCCCACAGUUGAUGAUUCUGGUGAGUAUUCUGUGGUUGCGAAGAAUUCAUGCAGCACCAUCACUUGUUCCUGCACCCUGGAAGUCUAUUCAGCUAAGCUGACUGCAGAUUUUCCGCCAAUGUUCACGAGAGCUCUUAAAGAUAACUAUCAUAUCAACACUGAUGAGCUGGUAAUCGACAGCCAUAUUCGUGGGCAACCGAUGCCGAGGGUUUCAUGGAUGAAAGAUGGACUUACCGUAAAUCCCGAUGGUACGUUCCAGCAGUUUGAGCAUGAAGAUGGAAGCAUUGAGUUUGUCAUUAGCAACCCACAGCGUAAGCACAGUGGACGCUACAUUUGCCAACUUGAGAAUAGUAUGGGCAAGGCAGAACUAUCGCACUAUGUCCUCUUCGAAGGUCGUGAAGUUUAUGAAACUGAACCCGUUCACGGUGUCUUCCAUGUGGAUCAUCAGAAGAUCCGUGAAAAGGAAGAAGCUGAGCGUAGGGCACGUGAAGCAGCCCUACAACCGAUUGUUGUGCGUCGUGAAUCAGCAAUGGCAGUUGAGGAGGAAGACACGGAAUCACCAAUGAGAAGAACAGUCUCCAAGACACCGAGUCGUUUGGAUAAAGUUCUCAAUGAUGCCAGGACAAAAUUGGCUUUCUCUGCUCCACUGGAGAACAGAGUGUGUGCCGUUGGGUCAAAAGUCAAACUCUCAUGCUACGUCGAAGGGCACAACCCGCACUUUGAGUGGUUCAAGAAUGGCUCACCUGUUAACUACACCACCACAGUGCGCAAUUCAAGUAGGGAUGGUCUGGGUGUACUGGAGUUCUUUGAUGCUCAAACCGAUGAUACUGGAGAGUACAAAUGUGUCGUAACAAACAUCGCAGGGCAAAUUAAUACAAGUGCAACGCUCAUGGUGUACGAAGACAGGAAAGGUGUUGAAGUUCCAUCAACAUUUGUCAUUGGACUUAAAGAUACCUACCUGUUUGAUACGGAUGAAAUUAUCCUUGAGUGCCAUGUCCGUGGUAAUCCAAAGCCAAAGAUAUCAUGGAUGCGGGAAGGCAAUGAAAUCAGAGAUGAUCGUUACAAACCCGUUGAGCUUGAUGAUGGUGUUUGCCAGCUUAUCAUCACGAAACCCAUGCCCAAGGAUAGCGGGGUGUUUGUCUGCAUUGCUGAAAAUAAUCUGAAGCGCGAACAAACGGGCCACUACCUCGUCUUCGAGGGUAGAGAUGCUGAACUGGCAAAACUCGCACCAAGUCCCGAACCAGUUAAGGAGCCACCAAAGAAGAAGGUUGGGAAGAAACCCAAAGCAAAGGGAGCCAAGGAAGAGGCAGCACCCGUUGAAAUGAAGAAUAGAUUGAGCUUUGUUACCCAUUUGGCUGAUCGUACCGUUCCCGUUGGGGCAAAACUCAAACUCUUCACCAUCUGCAAUGGUCCUGAGCCUCAGAUGAAAUGGACCCACAAUGGUAUUGGUGUUGUGGUGGGGCCACGCGUUAAGAAUGCCACCAAGGAGAAUAAUGCAUUGAUUGAUAUUCUCAAUGUACUGCCAGAAGAUGCUGGUGAAUGGACGUGUACGGCAAAGAAUGCCUUCCAUGCCAUUUCCACAUCGUGCAACAUAACAGUGUUUGAACCACCACCAGUGGAUGUUAUACCACCAACAUUCUCCCGGCCGAUCUCUGACACCUACAACAUCAAUGUGAAUGAAUUAGUUCUGGAGUGCAGAGUACGCGGACAGCCACGUCCAACGAUCACUUGGUAUAAGGAUGGCGAAGAGCUUGAUACGCACAUGAGUAAGAAGUAUGAGCAGCAGGACUCUUACGAUGGCUUCUGUCGCCUUCUCAUUGCUAAACCCUCACCGGCGGACAAUGGCAUAUACAUUUGCAAAGCCGAAAAUCCCGGACAUUCGGAUCAGGUGAAGCACACAGUGGAGUUUACGGGCAAGGAUCAGAGUAUCUUUGAGAGGACACACGGUUUCUUCCAUCGUGACCCGAAUAAGCCGCACUUCUCCACAGUUUUGUCGGACAACUUGGUGCCCAUUGGUGGAACAAUUGGGCUGCAGGUGGAAGUUCAUGGGCCUGUGGAGGUGCAAUGGUUGUACGGCAGGGAUCCUGUUGCGCCGAGCGAUAAGGUCAAAACAUACGCCGAAGAGGGUGUCUACACAUUGGCCGUGAGCAGUGCCACCGAUAAGCAGUCAGGAACCUACACAUGCCGCGCUACAAAUGCAUUUGGCAAAUCCGACAGCAUUGCCCACGUUCAUGUGAUUGCGCCGGCCACGGUGAAGGGUGGUAAGCCCCCACAGAUCCUCGAUAGACCACCCAAGGAGAUGGUCCUUAAGACUGGGGACAAUCUUCAAAUAUCCUUCAGAAUUCUCGGUGAUCCCAAACCACAAUUGGUUUUCAUGAAGGGUUUGCGAGAUCUCUCCAAGAAUACACGAACCUACAAAGAAGUAACCGACGACUAUGUACGAUAUACCCUUGAAAGUUGUCUCAUCCAGGAUUCAGGAACCUACUGUGUCAUGGCAAGGAAUCGAUUUGGUGUCGAUCGAGCAUUUGUUGGCGUUACGGUCGAAACAAGACAAAGAUCAAUAACGCCUUCAAGGGAAUGGGGCUACGAGCCGAUCACCGUGGAUAACACAGAAGUUUCAUAUUUUAAAAAUCCACCUGAAGCCAUUCCCGCGGAACCCCUUGUUGUGGAUAAUGGGAAGAAUCAUGUGAGCCUGUCGUGGCUGAAGCCCCCACCGAGUGAUGCUGCACCUGUGAUUGCGUACAAAGUUGAAGCGUGGUUGGUUGGGAAGGAUGGUGGUGCACGCUGGAUGGAACUCGGUGUGACACCCAUCAACAGUUUCGAUGCAUUCAAUCUUCAACAGCGCUGUGAAUACCAUUUCCGUGUAACGCCACGGAAUCGCUACGGAUGGGGUCCUUCCGUACAAACUUCUCAUCCCGUUCUCGUGGGCGUUCCCACGCAAAUGCCAGAAUUUACGAAAAUCCUCCCGGGUCAGCUGAAAGCUCUCUGCAUGCGAGACAUUACCCUCGAGUGCAUUGUCAAAGGCUACCCAAAGCCGGAAGUUCUGUGGUACAGAGAUGGCAUUGAGUUGGAUUCAGGAGACAGGAUAUCCUGCAGAAUGCUCGGAUCUGUGUGCAAACUUUCCAUUGCAAAUGUUGUUGAUUCCGACUCAGGACGUUAUACAUGCGAAGCAACUAAUAGGGCAGGUCGUGUAUCAACUUUCGCGCGUCUUCUUGUUGUUUCCGAUCCCAAAAUCUUCGAAGCCGACAAUGAACUCAAGAGAAAUAUUGAAUCUGAUCCGAGUCUUGUAGGUGAAAUGCAACCACAGUUUACAAUGAGAUUGCGAGAUCGUCGUGUCCAAGUAACCUAUCCCGUUAGACUUACCUGCCAAUGUGUAGGCUUACCUCCGCCAGAAGUUGCAUGGUUCCUCGAUGGAAAGGAAGUCGAACAAAAUGAUCGCUUCACAAUGUGGAAUGAUGGCAACUUCUACACCCUGGAGAUCACAAGAACAACCUUGGAUGAUGGUGGCAGGUAUACUGUCACGGCGAAAAAUACAUUAGGAUCCGUUUCCUGCCAUUGCAAUCUCGUAGUGGACAAGGGGAUUAGAGCCUACAUUGCUCCAGACUUCUACUGUGGCCUAGAUCCUCUCUACGUCUUCCGGGAGGGAUCGGAAAUUCGACUAUCCGGCCAAGUUGAGGCGUACCCUUCGGUGGGUGUAACAUGGCUGCGAGAUGGUGCCAAAUUGCGUCCUAGUCGACGAAUUCUCACCACUCUCGAUCACAAUGGCUUCGUUGAACUUGUAAUUGCUGAAGCUAAAAUCACCGAUGGGGGUAUUUAUACAUGCAUUGCAUCAAAUGCAGUUGGUCAGACUGAAAGCUGCUGUCGGGUAUCCAUUGAGGCAUCAACGGGUGAUCAUGAGGACAAAAGUACAAUUCCACGACUUUCUGAAGGAGAUUAUCCAUACUCCAAGGAGCCAAUGUUCAUUACAAAACCACGCUCAAGCGAAGCCUACGAAGGCGAUACUGUGAUCAUUCAUUGCGAAGUAAUUGGCGAUCCAAAGCCUGAUGUUGUCUGGUUAAGAGAUUUCCUUAAGCCGGAGUAUUACAAAGAUGCUCCACAUUUCCAUCGUGUGGGAGAUGGUCCAGAGUACCGCUUAGAAAUACCAAGAGCUAAAUUGGACUACACGGGAACGUAUUCAGCAAUUGCUACAAAUUGCCAUGGAGAGGCCAAAGCAAUAAUUUCCCUGCAGAUUUAUGCCAAAGACUUAGACAAGCUGAAAAAUAUGGAUAAAGGAUCAAUUAAGCACAGCAAUGUGGAGACAUUGCCAUCAUUCUUGAGCCAUCUCAAGGACUUGAGAUGUUGCGAUGGGGACGCCGUGACGCUAGAAUGCCGAGUUAUUGGCAAGCCUGAACCGAAUAUUUUCUGGGAGAAAGAUGGACGUCUCAUACAAAUGGGAAAUGACUUUUCCAGCAAGUACGACGGGGAGAAGGCUACACUGUCCCUUGCUAAGGUUUUCCCAGAAGAUGAAGGAUCCUACACUUGUAUAGCUUCCAACACCAUCGGAAAGACUUAUUCUUCGGCAGUUCUCAUUGUCGAUGUUCCCGAGGAGAAAGAGCAUUUGCUGAGUAAGCAAUUAAAUCGUCCACCGGGUAUUUUGCUAUCGGCACAAUCUACCCCAAGAUCCACUCCAAGGACAACCCCCAUUAGGACCUCUUCGCCGUAUCACAUGUCCUACAGAAGUCCCUGCAUAGACAUAACGUCGUCGAAGAAUCUCAAAUUUGCUGCACCCAAAUUCUACGCAUUGCCCCAGAAUCGUGUUGCAGAGGAGGGUGAAAAUGUACGUUUCCAGUGCGCAAUUGCAGGUCAUCCCACCCCCUGGGCUACGUGGGAUAUGAAUGGGACAAUUGUAACGCCCACAGCAAGAAUUUGCAUAAAAGAAGUCGAUGAUUUGCGUGUCCUGGAGAUCGAGCAGGUCACCCAAGAGGAUGCUGGGCUCUACAGGAUAACGCUGGAGAAUGAUUUUGGACGAAUCGAGGCAACAGCUCGUCUCGAUGUGAUCUGCUGCCGAUCGCGAUCAUCACGUCCCCUGAGGACAGCAAGUGCCUCCCCAAGACGUGGUGGUGCGUGGUCGCGUCGCCUAAUGGGCAACAGUACAGCAAUUGGUGGUCGUUUGGCGCUUGCCUGUGAAUUCCGCCGUGGAACAUCGACACCAGCACGCAAAUUCUACCACAAUGGUGAAGAAGUUGAGGAAACGGAAAGAAUAAAAAUCCUCAAUGAGAAUAAUUGUUCCACACUCAUUGUGGAUAAUGUGAAUACAAACGAUGAAGGCAUUUACACGUGUGUGGCUCAGACUGAAGACUGCAUUAUGGCAACAUCCAAAUGUGUGACCUUUACCGAAAACCCCGUGCUUUCCCCGGUGAUUGUGAAACCCCUAACUCCCGAUGAGGCAAAAGAUAUUCGUGCAAGUGAAGGAUUUCCCAUUGAUUUGGAAGUUGAAGUGAAAUGUAGUGAAAUAUUUGACUAUACAUGGUACAGAGAUGAUCAAGUUGUUCCCGAUUCUGACGAUAUGAGGUACAUCGAUCAUGGAGAUGGUUUAUUGGUGCUGCGCAUUGAAGAUCCAUUUGUGCAAGAUUCCGGAGUCUACAGAUGCGUGAUCACCUCAUCGGGGGGAAAGUGUGAAACAUCUUGCCCCGUAUUCGUCACUGAGUCUGUUGAUGAGUCAUCAGACUCGCCGGAGAUGCUAAAGCCGCACUUCUCGAAGCCACCACUGCCAGUUGUCUCCCAUCCGGGCGCCGAAGUGGCCUUCUCUGCGCGCAUAUCACCGCCACAGUCGCGUAUCUCGUGGUACCUCAAUGGUCGUGAAAUUGGACAAGACCCUUCAGCACAUUUUCAGAUUGAGGAACAGGAAGAGGGAUUGAGUAUCUUGCGGGUGUUCGGGCUUCAGCAUAGUCACAGUGGGGAGAUUAAGUGUGUGGCACAGACAAGGGCUGAUUGUGGCAGGAAACAGGAUUGCGUGGCAAUUGCCUACACAACAAUAGCUGUCCUCCCUGAAGUGCCACCGAGUCCGUGUCCAGCUCACAUCCUCGGUGGACCACAGGAUUGCACGGCACUCAUUGGAGAUAGAAUUGUACUCGAGGCACUCUUUGCUGGUCAUCCAGAUCCAAUUGUCAAGUGGAUGCGAGCUGGCCGUGUUAUAUCUGAGACAACAAACAAAACCAUGAAGACCACAAAGGGACAAUCAGUGCUUGUGCUCACGGACAUAACGGCUGACGACAGUGGAAAAUACACGGUCGAGGUGACAAAUGAGCACGGUGGUGAUGUAGCGUCGGCUUCUGUUGCCGUCGAGGGUCCGCCUGAUCCGCCUGGUGGACGUCCAAGUGUCUCCCAGGGCGAUGAUAGGGUUGCAGUUGCAUGGUGCGGACCCCCCUACGAUGGUGGAUGCAUGCUAACGGGAUUCAGUCUCGAAAUGCAAGAAAACGGCGGAGAAUGGGUGGAAAUAGCGCAAGUUGUUGAUUCACUGGCGCACACUGUAAAAGAUCUAACCCCGGGCUUUAGAUACAAAUUCCGGGUACGAGCUGAAAAUACUCACGGAAAAAGUGAACCGAGUCUACCCAGUGAUGAGAUUCUCAUCUCAACAUCUGAUAAUUCAGUGGAAGAAAAAUCUCCAGGUGAGGUGGAAGUUGUUUCAGGGGGUGACUUUAAGAGUCGCUUUGAGAUGCUGGAGGAAUUGGGCAAGGGACGCUUUGGGGUGGUGUACAAAGUCAUUGAGAGGGAAACAUGUCGAACAUUAGCUGCCAAAGUAAUCAAGUGCAUCAAGGCGAAAGAUCGUGUUAAAGUGCAAGAAGAGAUCGCCAUAAUGCAGUCACUUAAGCAUCCCAAACUCCUUCAACUUGCCGCCACAUUUGAAACAACCAAAGAGAUCAUAAUGGUGAUGGAGUACAUAACUGGAGGAGAAUUGUUUGAGAGAGUCGUGGCGGAUGACUUUACCCUCACGGAGAGAGACUGCAUCCUGUUCCUCAGGCAAAUCUGCGAAGGAGUGAACUAUAUGCAUCAAAAGUGUGUGGUUCAUCUCGAUUUAAAACCUGAGAAUAUCAUGUGUCACACCAGGAAUAGCCAUCAGAUUAAAAUUAUUGACUUUGGGCUUGCACAGAGGCUGACUGACAACACCCCCGUACGCGUACUCUUUGGAACACCUGAAUUCAUACCACCUGAAAUCAUUAAUUACGAACCAAUUGGAUUCCAGUCUGAUAUGUGGAGCGUGGGUGUCAUCUGCUAUGUUCUUUUAUCGGGCUUAUCACCAUUUAUGGGUGACUCGGACGUGGAUACAUUCACCAACAUCACAAAAGCCGAUUAUGAUUUCGAGGACGAGGCAUUCGAUGCGGUGUCUCAAGAUGCCAAAGAAUUCAUCUCGGGUCUGUUGAUACAUCGGAAGGAGGAACGUCUCACAGCUGUGGAAUGCCUCAAUUCCAAAUGGCUCUCCCUCGAAAAUGACAGCAUGAGCAAUGUGAAGCUCAGUACGGAUAAAUUGAAGAAAUUCAUCAUUCGCAGGAAGUGGCAGAAAACUGGCAAUGCUAUAAGAGCUCUUGGACGAAUGGCGACACUCUCAGCAAAUUCCAGGAGGAAUUCAGCUGCAUCUUCAGCUCCCAAUAGCCCUAGACCAUCAAUUUCGGGCAAUAUUCUCGCCUCCCUAACCACCCACAUGACGUCGGUGAAUGAAGAAGGGGAUGACUGUGAGGAGAACACGCCAAAAGUACGAUUUAACGCGGAGGAAAAGAAGAAAACCAAUGGGAUUAAGGAACGUGCAUGCAGCGAAAGGAGUGAUUCGGGUUUCAGUGAAUGCUCCACAACAUGUGGUUGCCCCCAUGCUCCGUCCAAUAAACUCCAGAUUAUCUUUGAUAUUGAGAACGAUGACGAUGUGUCGCACACAGAUGCACCAUCAGGUAAUUUUUCGCAUGAGGUGCUCACGUCGAAGCUUGAGAAAAUCGCCGAACAGCAGAAGGAGAGUGGUUGUGGUGAUGCAAAGAGUGAUGCCAGUGAGAAGUCUUCAGCAACACCCCUAUCUCCGACCACAUUUAGCCCCCUGAAUGAUCUUGAGUACGACAUAAAGCGCUUCAAUUUGACCAAUUCCAUUGCAACAAGGAAGAAAUCUCUGGAGAAUAAUAUGAGGAAGGAUUCACAGCCUCAUUUGUCCGUGCCGGUGAUCCACAUCAGCACGGAGAAGAAGGUUUCACAGUUGAAGGAGAAGUUUGAUGCGAAGGCAAGUAAGAAGGACAUUGUGAGGACUAAGAGUCCCAAUGGUCGCGUUGCAAAAUGUCCCGCAGGAGGAUCUUCAAAGACUGAUCUCACAAAUCGACUUGCAACAAACACUCCAUGUUCUGGACGGAAGACGGGUGGGCUGAGUGCCCGCGUUAAGGAAGUCACGGAACGUCUCUCGGCGCCUAAACGUACGCCGAUACGUUCAACAACAAAUCGACAAAAUACACCAACAAAUUCAGCGAGAACGAAGAAACUCACUCUCUCGCAUGAGAGCUUCAAGAAAGCCUCAGCUUUUUGGAAGUCCUAGUCACACAAUAAGUAAAAAAAGAAGAAAAAUUGCAAUGUCCUUUUCUAUGUCCUGUAUUUUAUCCACAAUUUUUUUUAAAGUGUUACUGUUUCGUUCUCUUUUUUCUGUCUGACAAAAUAUACGACAAAAAUAUCUUUUAAAA